UGAAACAAGUUGCAGAUCACACUGCACUAAGAUGUAUUACCUUGUAUCAAGUAGACACUUAUAACCAUCUGUUGAAAACGAAAAGUGUAAGAUGAACAGUUAAAACGUGUUUCGAUAUUUUUUUGAGCAGGAAAUACACUUAAUACGGCAAACAAGUUUGAAGCAUCGAACGUUUUCAAACAAAGAACAUGUUUUUCUCGUUCAGCAAAAACGAUGAAGGCCAAACAGCGGACGACAAAAAAGCCAGCGAAAAUAACGCAAGCCUAAUAUCAGAAGAAAACUCUACCAAACGAGGAAUAAACACUCCAUAUUGGACAGAAGAAAAAUCCACUGUCAUAAGUAAGAAAAGAAAGAUAGAUAAACACGAACAAGGAAUCAGUACAGGUGGACAAAGCCACUACAAAAAGGAACACGAAGUUUCCGAAACACCAUUACCAUAUAUUGGAAUGAUAGCAGAAGCUAUAUUUUCUAACCCCAACAAAAAGAUGGUGUUAGCAGAGAUAUACGCCUACAUGGAACGAAAUUUUUUCCAUUAUCUGUCGUCGAGACCAAGAUGGCGAAAUACUGUGCGACACAACCUGUCGUUUCACAACUGUUUUGUUAAGUGUGAAUGCUCGAGACGUGGAAAUCGUAGCCAUUUUUGGUGCGUCCAUCCCGAUUACGUGGAGCAAUUUAAACGUGGAAAUUUCACAAAAACUUUGAGUCCACCAAGAGAGCAAAUGAACACACAAAACGUUCAUGGUGCAUACCAUAGAUAUUACGAAAGAGAUUAUUCACGCGAAUGCUUACAAGAAACUCAACACGAGUAUUCACCGAGUAGCUUUAAUGCAAUUCCUAUAAUAAGAUAUCCUCACACAUUCAGUGGUCACAUGACGACCCCCACAGCAGCUAAUGCUGUAUUUCAAUCACAUCAUACCCUUAACUCAUAUCAAGCGAUGCAAACCAGUUCUACUCGAGGAAUGGUUCCACAUAUGCCAGGAGAAUACUCAGGGGAUUUAAGCUCACCAUUUCAGUACAGAAUGCCGCACAUGGGAAUACAAUAUUAUCAAAGUCCACCUUUUACCCCAGGAGAUUGGCAAGUCCAACAACUGAUGGCUGCCCCACCAACAUUACAUCAUACACAUAAUGUUUACACUACAGCCCCAAGAAGUGGAUUGCAGACAAAUCCAACCAACAGAAAUGGAUGAGAAAGAUACUGUCGUAAUUUUCUGACUAAGCAGUGCAAGAUUGCACAAAUUAAGCCAAGGUCUUUUGAUUUUCUACUUGUUCAACGUACUAUAAUGUAUUUAAGCCGUAAAUAUCCCAUUGAUUAAAGAGGUAAAAAUGUAACAAAAAAAAUUACUUGAUUAAUAAUAUC